AUGAGCCAGCAGGAGGUCUACCGCUUCAACGUCCCCACCUUCGGCCCCGGGGUCGUCUUCGACGUCGACUACCAGGUCAGGCAGGAGCAGUUCAGGUUCUUCACCGAGGCGCUCAGGGCCAACAAGCUCCGCAGCUACGUCGACCAGAUGGUUGCCGAGGCCGAGAUAAAUAUCAGUGGGGAUUUUGAUGAUUCCAGUGGCCUGCUCGGUCACCAGUAUUCAUUUGAAUGCAAAUAUGCAUUUCGCUUUAUUGAACUAUGCUUGCUCCAAUUUUGGCAUCCUGCACAACCAACAGUCGGUCUAACUUGUCUUGCAAAGUUGUAUGGAAAUGAGUACUUCUCAAAGUGGGGAGAAAGCGGCACUGUGGAUCUGAAGUAUGAAUUGGAGCACCUCAUCAUACUGACUGCUAGCCGAUGCUUGUUGGGAAGGGAAGCACGGACACGUUUGGCGGAGAUCUUCGCCACCAUCAUCAAGUCCCGCAAGGCCUCUGGACAGUCCGAGGAAGACAUGCUGCAGUGCUUCAUUGAUUCCAAGUACAAGAAUGGCCGCCAGACCACAGAAAGUGAGGUGACUGGGCUACUUAUCGCAGCCCUGUUUGCUGGACAGCACACUAGCUCGAUCACCUCAACCUGGACUGGGGCCUACCUGCUCAAGUUCCAGCAGUACUUUGCAGAGGCUGUAGAGGAGCAGAAGGAGGUCAUGAAGAGGCAUGGUGACAAGAUCGAUCAUGACAUCUUGGCAGAGAUGGAUGUCCUCUACCGGUGCAUCAAGGAGGCGCUCCGGCUCCACCCGCCGCUGAUCAUGCUGCUUCGCCAAUCACACUCUGACUUCAGCGUGACCACGAGGGAAGGCAAAGAGUUUGAUAUCCCCAAGGGCCACAUUGUCGCAACAUCUCCUGCUUUCGCUAACAGGCUCCCCCAUAUCUUCAAGAACCCGGACUCGUAUGACCCUGACCGGUUUGCGGCUGGGAGGGAGGAGGACAAGGUUGCGGGUGCCUUCUCGUACAUCUCCUUUGGGGGUGGCAGGCACGGGUGCCUCGGUGAGCCCUUCGCGUACCUGCAGAUCAAGGCGAUAUGGACACACCUCCUGAGGAACUUUGAGUUUGAGCUGGUCUCACCGUUCCCUGAGAACGACUGGAAUGCGAUGGUCGUCGGCAUCAAGGGCGAGGCUUCAGGCUACAUGGACGACAUGGUGGGGCAAAAAUCUGUUUCAAGAGAUUGUGCUGGCACUUUUUUUUUUGCUAGGCUACACAGCUUGCUCCCGAAGGCGUGUCUCAGGGUUUCCCUUGGCAUGUGA